AUGGGUUGUGCUUCCAGUAUUAAUCCUUCAAUGGUUAGUCAACCAGACGCUUCCAAACGUCCUACAUUUGAACAGUCAAGCCAAGUAGAUAAAGUUAAACAAUACGUUGAAGCAUCGACACAAACUAGUGAUAUUCAAAGAGUCGAUACUGGUGUUAAUACAGUCGUAGAAAAAGAAAAGAUUGACAAUGAUCAUUCCGCACUGAAUAAUACAGUCUCGCUCAAUACUAAAGAUCCAGAAAAAUGUUCGACUAUACAUCAGGUCCAAUCACAAACAAAGUUAAUAAUAUCAACAAAUCAACUAAGCGCUUUUUCUAAUCCUCGGCUGUGUGCAAAACCUAAUGACGAAGAACUAAAAUGGAUUCUUAGAGAUUUUGAGGCACAACAGUUCUGCAUGAUGCUUCAACAGGAAAUUUUCUCUCUUGGUCCAAUGGCUAUUCAGGAAGCUGUCGAUGCCAUGAAAAAAGACAAGGAACUCCAAAUCGUAAAUCAACAUAUUUGGGAUUUGUUUGAAAAAGCAAAGGAAACAGGUGAUGCUUCAUAUUUCAUUCGAGCCUAUACUGCUGAAAGUGACUUCUACAAGAUACUCAAUCGUACAUUAGCUAAGCAAGAGUUAGAUAAUUCCGAUGAUAUGGAUGCGGAGGAGCAACUACAAGCGAUGAUGGGAGCUUUAUUUAAAAAUCUUGAUCAAGUAGUUUCUCGUGCUCAAGCAGUGCAAAGUGGACAGCAGCUACCAAUUCUAAACAGCAACGAGUCCAAUUGGGCAAAAUUAUUUUUGCGACCACUCUAUAUGCUGCUUUCGAUACCAAACUCGAGCAUUCGAUUUCAGGGAUUAACAUUUCGAGGUAUGUGGAUUUCACAAGAUGAAUUUGAGUGCUACUUAGGCGAUACUAAACUUGUAUGCAACAAAGCCAUUACAUCCACAUCGAAACUUCGCACUGUUGCUCAAGGUUUUAUAGACGGUGUCACUGAUCCUCCAGUAGGAAUGGUACCUGCUAUGUUCACAUACACAAUUGAGUCAAUGGCUGCAAUAUAUGCAAUGGACAUAACUAAUUAUUCUUUGAUUCCUGAAGAAGAGGAAGUCCUACUGCUACCUGGGGUAUUUUUUAUGGUCAGCAAUGUUCAAGUUAUAGAUCAGUGCUCGGUAGAAAUCGAACUUCGAUCUACGGUGAAAGAUAUGGCCGAGAUGAUGAAUUCCGGUAUUAGUUCAUUGUUUUCACUUUUUAGUGAAUAA